AUGCCAACGAUUACUUCCGACAGAGACCUGCCUAAGUUGCUCGACAGCCCCGCAAAGCAGGUAAAGUGGACAAAGAAGCUAGCAAUUGAGCAUCUAGGCAGUGCCGCAAAGCGUUUUGAACAGCCUCCGAUGCAGGGGAUGUUCAGUAAAACCAUGUUCGUGACCCUAGCGGACGCUCGUCAGGUGGUAGUGCAGUUCCGCACUGAACCACUUGACGUCGACGCAUUCAGGAUUGCAAAGAGCGCUCUAGGCUCCUUCGUACCCGAUGCCAGAGCUCUGAAAAGUCAGGAGCUGGAGAAAGUCGGUGCCUGGGCUUAUUCCUUCCCUCGCAUGCCGGGCAAGAUGUGGCAUCAAGGAAUCGCAGGCAGAGGCGCCGCAGGACGCGUUGCGGUCAACAAGUCGCUCGGCCGUGUCUUUUCGAAAGGGUGCCUUGCAGAGGACAGCAAUGAAGCUGUUGAAAAGACAAUUCGGCCGCACCUAGAUGCGAUCCUGGCAUCGCCUUUGGAAGAAAUACUGCCAUUCAAGGGCGUUCUCCAAGGCUUCGCCAACAAGCUCGACGAAUUGGCUCAGCUCCCUUUGUGGGUCGCCCAUUACGAUCUCAACGACGUUAAUGUGCUCAUUGACGAGCAUUGCGAGGUCACCGCCUUGAUCGAUUGGGAGUUAUCUUCGCCGCUGCCUUUUGGGGCCGGAUUCGGUCGCAUCCACACUCUUGCUGGCGAAUUCACCGAGGGUGAAUUUUGGAUGCCUGACGAGUUCGAGGAUGCCGAACGGGGAUUCUGGAAGGAGCUCUUCGACGGCAUGCCAAGAGACAUCGGGGAAAUGCUGGAGAAGCGAAUUGGACUCGUGCAGAGGGCAGUCACGCUCGGAACAUUGCUCGACUGUUUCUUUCUCGAUAAUGGGAAGGUUGGCUGUAGUCAAGUAACUUUGAAGGCUCUCCCAAAGUUUCUGACAUAUCAAAUCCCUCUAAUCAGAGGACAGAAGCAGCCAUAUUGUCAUUGA